CCCACAGAGUCUGAUCACCGCUCACGACCAGUUCAAGGCCACUCUGCCCGAGGCCGACAAGGAGCGCAUGGCCACCAUGGGCAUCCACAACGAGAUCCUGAAGAUCGCCCAGACCUACGGCAUCAAGCUGUCCGGAAUCAACCCCUACACCAACCUCACCCCCCCGGACAUCAGCACUAAGUGGGACACUGUGAAGCACCUCGUGCCCCUCAGAGACCAAAUGCUCCAGGAGGAGGUGGCCAGACAACAGGCCAACGAGAGACUGAGGCGCCAGUUUGCUGCCCAGGCCAACAUCAUCGGACCCUGGAUUCAAACCAAGAUGGAGGAGAUCAGCCACGUGUCCGUGGACAUCGCCGGCUCCCUGGAGGAACAGAUGAACAGCCUGAAGCAGUACGAGCAGAACAUCAUCAACUACAAAUCCAACAUCGACAAGCUGGAGGGCGACCACCAGCUCAGCCAGGAGUCCCUCAUCUUCGACAACAAGCACACCAACUACACCAUGGAGCACAUCCGCGUGGGCUGGGAGCAGCUGCUCACCACCAUCGCCAGAACCAUCAACGAGGUGGAGAACCAGAUCCUGACCCGCGACGCCAAGGGCAUCAGCCAGGAGCAGCUCAACGAGUUCAGAGCCUCCUUCAACCACUUCGACAGGAAGAGAAACGGGAUGAUGGACCCAGACGACUUCCGCGCCUGCCUCAUCUCCAUGGGCUACGAUCUGGGUGAGGUGGAGUUUGCUCGCAUCAUGACCCUGGUGGACCCCAACAACACGGGCGUGGUGACCUUCCAGGCCUUCAUCGACUUCAUGACCCGCGAGACCGCUGAGACAGACACCGCAGAACAGGUCAUGGCCUCCUUCAAGAUUCUGGCCUCAGACAAGAACUACAUCACAGUGGACGAGCUGCGCAGGGAGCUGCCUCCCGAGCAGGCCGAGUACUGUAUCAGCCGCAUGACCAGGUACAUCGGAGUCGACAGCCCGACCGGCGCCCUGGACUACAUCUCCUUCUCCAGUGCCCUCUACGGAGAGAGCGACUUAUAAAAACGCAGCCGCUUUCCCUUCACCUCCUCUCAUCCCUUCUUCCCAGCUUCCCCCUAUUUCUCCUGUUCGGAGAGAGCAAUUUUAAAACCCUUCCACUGUCCUCCUACAUUUGUUCUUAUCAUCUUUUCCUCUUUCAAAUCUUAACCUCUACUCAUCCUCCUCUACACAGCCUGAGCGGGUGAGAGUAGCAGACUCUGCUCAAAUGUGGGCGGUCCCUCUUCUUUCGAAACCUUUAACAAACACACGGGUGCCAGGUAUUGCACUGAACUUAUGUAAGGAGCGUACGGAGGAGAAGUUAAACACAAGGCGGUGACGAGGGAGAAAGAUAAAGAAUCGUAUGUUGAGCAGAGCCUCCUGCUCUCCACCCCUCUCUCUCUCAGAUGACAUAUUUUUUGUAGAAGGGUAAUUAAAGAAGAAAAUGUGAUAAAAAGCUGGUUGGUCAGUUGGCUUGGUUGGUUGUGUAUUUGUGCAGAUGCAUGCUAUGUUGAAGUUUAGAAAUGCUGUGAGUCUCAGACUCUUCCUUAAAUCAUGUAAAACCCAUCAUCAGGAGCCCGAGCGUCUCGGUCAGCAGAGGACGGUCGGGUGUUAGAGUCCGGGCCACACUGAGGGCGUGAGCGGCGCGUGGCGGCUGCGUCGCUGAUCUGCUGCGUCACACAGGGAGCGCGUCUGCUGCGGAGCUGCUACAUAAGGUUACUGGUAUCACUACUGUGUUUUCUUAAAAGUACUGCGUUAUACUGGAGUAAACGGCAGGACUCUACGGUAUGAAGCUGUGCAGCUUCUGGUCCUGCAAUAACAAUACAAAUCUUAAAACGCUGGAGUGCUUUUACUUUGAAACAGGAACAGGAAGUGCUACAAUUGUUGGUGGCGUAUUUGACACAUGAUUUUUAUUGUUGCUGUGAACCGAGCGCGGUGCACUCCGACUCCAGAAGAGCAGCGCGGCUCAGUUUAGCUUGAACCUGAUAAUAAAAGACAUUCUGCGGCGCACACGCGACGCCCACGCAGCCAGUGUGGCCCGGGGCGUAACGAACACGUCAAAACAUUUCAAAACACCACAGUGACACAUGAACGUUAGCAGCUAUCGCCUUCCUCCUGGAGAUCUUAAAAACCUUUAAGAAGCGCAGGAACAAGCGGAGGAUGAAUGAGAGAAUCUGAACUUUGAAGCGCUGAGUGAUGAACAGAGAGAGAGAGCAACUCGAAGCAAAGCACUGUGGGUAAAAGAAUAUAAAAGUGAGAGGGCCGCGGCCACAGAGAGAAAUCACACGCCUCUCCGCGGAGGAGGAGGGACUUAGACAGAGGGGCGUCGAGCAGUGAGAGAGACGACAGGGCGUCAGGAAAGUUGCGGACUAAUUAAGAAGAAUCGAUCCUGUACGUGGGACCGUGGCGGAACUUUGUCAGGGAGGGAGCUCAUAGGGUUUAGUCCCUUUUUUUAAAUGACGGGUCGGCCAUGAUUAAAGCAGCGCGAGUUCUCCUCAUUCUCCUCCGUCCUUCAUCCUCGACUCACUGUGUUCAUCACUGACGCCACGAAACACUCACUUUCACACAGUCCAACUAAAAACACCACAACUUGGAAUAAAAAAGAAAAAUGAUAUAACUGAA